UCACCCCCCCUCCCCAUCUCACCCCAUGCCCCGCCGGCUCUGGGUGCAAUUGCUGCCUGCAGUCGGGACCCCGCAGCCUUCCCGGGUCUGAGCUUCGGUCCCACCCACCUCCGCCCCCCGCCCCCCAAAAAAGAGAGAGGAUAUCCCAGCCUGCAGUCUUCUCUCCGGUCCGCCCCCAUCGCGAUGGACACCAAGCCGCUGCUGCAGGACCGGCCGCCGCCCUACAGCCCUUACGGGCCGGCGGGCAACUAUGCAGCAGCCCAAACCUACGGGGCUAUCCUGCCGGCGCCGCCCUACCCGUUCCCCGCGGGGGCCGGACCAGGAUAUACAGCUCCGGCUAGUUCGCAGCCGCACAACUAUCCCAAUACUACGUAUACAAUAAUCCAGCAGCCCCCUCCCACCACAUCUGUCAUAGUCGUGGGUGGCUGCCCGGCUUGCAGCUCUGCGCAUGCGCACACUAGGAACAGGCUCCUGCUGUUGUUCUGCCUCGCUGAUGUCGGACUCCGGAGGCAGCAAAGAACUACCUGAUGGCCUUGGCCCCCUCUCUGUCUCCGAUGCAGAGCCCUCCGAGCCUUCCCCAGACUCCAGGACGGGCCCACGUUCCUCCCCAACCUCCACUGUCCAAAACUGGCGGGCCACAGCACCGUCCUCCGAAUUAAAAGAAAAAUCCCUUGUGAGAGAAGUGUUAAUGUUCCGGGGGGGGGGGGGAGCAUAGUUUGGCGAGCACAGCGCAUGCGCAAACUGGUGGCAAUCCGCGGAGGAUUUCGCUACUGGAUCCGUCAAUUAAAAUCCGUGCCAAAGGAAGAACGAAGAAUAGAUUCAGCUUUUACGUACUGCAAACCAAUGAAUGUCCCAUUGUACUGAUCAGAGUAUUUUAUUAUUACUGUAUCCCUAAGACAUCUUAUCUUACGUAAUGAAAAUAUUAUUUGGCAUGAUAUUCUGUUAGGUCAUCCUUAAACGGCUUGCCUGUUUAAAAAGCAGCUACUCUCGUAGUAUCCAUCUCUCUACGUAAAUUGUACAAGCAAAACGAAACGGAACUGAUCCAUAGGAUUAAACCACACCAUUGGCACAGAAGUCUAAGCAGCGAUGCUGGCAAUUGAAGACUAAAGGAUCAGUUCUGCUGGUUUUUCCCUAUUUGGCCUAUUUCUGCUUUCCUAAGCGUAAUUUCUGUCUUCCUAACAAGGCACGCUUCUAAAAAUCAAAGCAAAUCUUCAGCCAUCGGUAAUUCGCAGAAACCAGAAGCCAAAAAAAAAAAGAAAGAAAGAAAAAGAAAAGAAAAAAACUCAUUUUUAAAAAGUCAAAAACUUUGGCAAUUUGCAGCUGCUGUACACAUUAAUUACAUUUAAAUAAAGGUUUAAAAACAA